AUGGAGAGCUUGGUCACGGAAGGAAAGCUCUUGAUAAAGGAGUAUGGCAAGAUCAAGGUCUUCUUGGUGUCCCAGAGCUUGGUGGUCGGUGGCGACGAUGCCACCGCGUUGCAGCAAGAGGUGGACGAGGCCUCGAAGAAACGGAAAGCGCUCGGCAACGACCUGGACACGACGCGAAAGGAGAUGUCUCAGGUGGCAUCGAAGCACGCAGCCGCCAAGGAGGCCAAGGAGUCCGCUGCGGAGGCGCUCACCUUGGAGGCACGGGCCAAGCAAUUGAAAGGCAGCGGCGAGGAGCAAGUGGAGGAGAGUGAAGUGCGGGCGGUGGAGGCUGCGUUCACGCAGGUGCAUCAGACCUGGCGGAAGCGCAAGCGGCUUUGCAUGGACACGCUUCGAACCUUAGGAGAGGCAAUGAGCACGCGGACUGACCAACUCUUAGAGCAGUAUGGCGUGGACACUGACGAGGAUUGUGGUCAGACGCUGCCCCUGGAAUUCAGCCAGUGA